AAAAGGUGGGCAUAAAAGUAAAAUCAACCAGUGUAACCUGGAAGGCUAAUACUGAAACUUCCUUAUUGUAGAGGUAAUCGGAAGAGUUUUUCUGCAUUCCUGUUUUAAAAAUUUAAUGGUUUUAUUUUAGUUCCCAGAAAAUUCCCAAACGAGCAACAGAAUGAUUGUUCUGCUCUUUAUUGGUCUUCUCUCCAAAAUUGCUUUGGCUGACGACUGGCAUGAUGCUCAGUUCUAUUCCUUCUCACCACAAGUUGGCUCAGGAAAGGGCGUCUCAUAUGUCAUUACCGGCAUAGGACGGAUUACGGGUGUCCGAGUGUGGGAGGCCUCCAGGAGUGUCAUUUAUGGCUUCCAGUUUCGCUACGACCAUACCUGGACGAACGUGGUGGGUCGCGAGUCGGGCGAAAAGCAGGAGAUAGAAUUGUUUGACGACGAGGCCAUCGUGGCCAUCUCGGGAAAAUAUUCACACAACAUUCAAUCUGUGGUGUUCACCACCAAUCUGGGCCGUUCGCUCUUUGCGGGCCAACCUUCCGGGCACUCAUUCAACAUGUACCCGGAAAACAAGAAGGCCGAACUGCGCUUCAUCAGCGGCCGGUUCCAAGGUGCCAUCACCUCCAUGGGGGCACACUGGGGGCUUGUUACAGAACCUUAUGGAACAAAUCCGCACACAAAUGCAACACACGUGUAAUUUCAUUCAUUGUCUGCAUUUGACCUAUAUUCAUUAAAUAUCAAUAAAAUCUUCUGACUGAAACUUAA